CAUUUUUUCCAUUAUCACUUUUUGAAACUGUGGUUUUCAUAUUAGUUUCUAAGCGAUGUCUAAGAAUAUGGGAGGAACAGAUGUUCAGAAGCCAACUGUGGAUUUGGAAUAUGCUUUGGAUUAUUUGUCUAAGGUGAAGGCUCGAUUUCAAAGUGUUCAUCCGCCUCAGAUUUAUACAAUGUUUGUGAACAUACUGAAAAUGUAUCGAAAAGGAGAAAAGAGUGUCGAUGAGGUCAUUAGAGAGGUUAAUUUGCUUUUCGAAGGCCAUGAUGAUCUGAUUGAGGAGUUUACUAAUUUUCUUCCUUGAUUGGACUGGUGAUAUGUAUGAGUUAUUCAAGAAAAAAUAAAUAUUACAAAUGUUAAAAUCUAGGUUUUGAAUAUGGAGAUGAAAUAUUGUCUUAGAUACAAUUUUAAUGUUUGUACUUUGCAAGAUUUGAUAAACAUUUGUUUCAAUAAAUUAUUUGAGUUUGCGAA